CCUUUUUCACCACCUCCAUGCCUCUUUCUUUUCCCUUUCUACCCUGACCCUGAGCGAGCUCAGCAGAAAAAGAUGGUCAAAACGACACUCUUUUCAGCGGCCUCGAUCGUGCCAUGCUCGUGCUCCCGUGUUCCUAGAUAGCACAGCGUUUUCGUAUCGGAGAUCGUGGUUCAAAAUUCAAGUACGAGUUUGGCGGCGUCGUUCGUUAUUCUGAACUCUGAAGAAACUUUUGUUUCAGCGUUCCAGUGAUCGCCGCCGCGCGCAUGCCGACCACCACAGCAGGUUUGUGCUGAUUCCAUCUCCAGCGCGCGUCUGCGUCUCCGGAAGCUAGCAGCAGCAGCAGCAGCUCGAGAAUGGCGGACCACUUCGCGCUGAUGACGGGCCGGCUGCUCACGGAGUCGACGCUCCAGUCCGCUGUCCACGAGGCCUUUGCCGAUGCCGCCGUAGCUUCCACAGCCGCCGGCAGCUACGACCAGACCGAUCCCUCCGUCGUUCUUCCUGAAGAAGAUGUUCAGCUGGGCAAGGGCAAGGCCAAGAGUGGCGUCAUGGUGGAGUGCAGAAUCUGCCAAGAGGAAGGUGACGAGGCUUACAUGGAGACCCCCUGCUCCUGCAAGGGCAGCUUGAAGUACGCUCACCACAGAUGCGUCCAGCGGUGGUGUAACGAGAAGGGAGACACCAUAUGUGAGAUAUGCUUGCAGCAAUUGAAACCAAACUACACUGCUCCUUUGUUUCGGCAUGGAAGGAACCUAAUAAAUUUAAGGGCAGCUGGAGAAAUACGAGAAAACCUCGGUGCUAGUUAUGGUCACACCUCGGAUCAAGCUGAUGGCACAUCAAGCGUUGAUUCUCAAAGUCCCAACCUGAAAGGCGUCAUAUAUUGCCGAGUAAUUGCCAUUGCUUUGAUGGUUUUGUUGGUGCUCCGUGACGCAAUCUUGCUUAUACUCCACAACCAUGAAGUGUGCUCAGUAGAGCUAAUCACUCUGCUGAUGUUCAGAACGGCUGGAAUUGUCAUACCAAUCUACAUCAUCUUGAUAUCAAUUACGGCAUUGCUUCAUUCGUGCAAUCAACGACAGAUCUUUAGAAUCCAGGCUGUGCACGAGAUGCCGGCUUCAGAACUUCGUGGAGCAGGGGGUUUGCAGCAUAUCAUAAACAUCUGGUAGGAAGCUGCACGGUGAUUCCUGGUGAGGCAGGCUCUGUAAAUAUCUGAAAAAAUGUUUGAGCUCCAGGCUUGUCAAAAUGGGGAUAUAGAAUCAUUGUGAGAUUGUUUAGUGUUUCAUAGUAGUUUCUAUGUACAAAAGAAAUUCUGAAAAUACAGCCAAUCAACUUCACAAGUGAUGAAGACGAAGUUGGAUUGGUGUCACUAAGGAAAAUUGAGUUAAUGUUGUA